AAAAUUGAAACAAAUUAACCGGAGGGAUUUUCGGUGCUUUUUGGGUGAGACACCGGAAGUUCGCCGCUUUUAUUUGUGAGUCCACUUCCUGUUGUGAGUCCAGCGGCUGCGCACAAACUGCAGAUCUUCCGCUAACAAACCGAGAAAAAGACUACAACUACCAGGUAAAGUGAAGAGAUAUCAGGUCUAUAAUGUCACUGUGGGCGAUAGCAGUGAAGUUUAAUUGAUUUCACAUUAAUUUAUGGUUCUGUUCGUCUUUAUGGAGCUAGUUCUGCUAACGUUAGCUCGGAGCUAACCGGCUCACAAACGGACGAGUUUGUUUUUACUGACUUCCGGUAACAACGCGGGUUUUAUUGGACUCUUUGUGUUUAAUCCGUCUGCAAUAAUCCAACCUUUACAUUCUCCGACUCUCCUCCAGGUGGAUGGUCCAACACAUCUGGAGGACAUGAGUCCGGAUUCCAGCUGAUUCCAGGUGUGUCACAGAUUCCAGGUGUGUCACAGAUUCCAGGUGAUUCCAGGUGUGUCACUGCUGCAGGGAGGCCAUGGAAGGCAGUCCCUGUUCGUCUGAGCCGGACAGUCCCGGAGGUCUGAACCGAGGCUGCCUCCUGGACCCGGCUGAUGUCCUCUAUCAUGAUCUCUCCAUCAUCGUCCCAGAGACACCCAGCCCACAGCUCGGCAAACGGAGGAGACGUGGUCGCAUCGCAGAGGAACACUUCAGUCCUGUGGCGGUCGGCAGCUCUCCGGGACGACCGGAAGUUCCUUCUGGCACCGAACGAGGUUUCUCUCAUAAUUCCAAACGCAGGCGGCUGGUGGCGGCGAUGGGGGAGCAGAGCUUCGUUCCAGCUUCAUCUCUGAGGGCGUUCCCUCUGAGCAGCUGGCUGGAGGCCCCGGUGUCCACUGCAUCCUGUUCCUCCUCCUGCUCCUCCUCCUCCUCCUCAUCGGCCUACCUCACUCCAGUAUCAGAGGAGGAAGUGGCGGGCCCCGCAGUAGAAGCCAGCCCUGCUUGUUUGGACUGGAGGAGGAGGCAAAGUCUGAUGUCAGCGACGGCGUCUGGGUCGCCUCUGCCCGCCUCAGAGUCCCUGUCCUUCCUGACCGCAGAGGAGAGGAGGUGGCUGAACGGAGAGCAAGGAAACGCCUCAACAGCACUGGAGGAGAUCGUCAUCAGUGACGAUGAGGAGGCCGUGGUUCGCUCGGCGCAGGAGGAGGAAGACGAGGCGUUGGCUCGAAGCCUGCAGGCCCAGUUCGACCAGGAGGAGACACACAGCAGACACCAGCACCACCUCCAUCAUCAUCAUCUUCAUCAGCAGAGCCACCACAGGUAUUACUCCUACAUGGAGCACAGCUGGAUGUCUCACAUGCUGGCUGCUGUCUCUCCGCUGGUCGGCUUUGAAGACGAUCCGAUUGGUCAACACAGGAGACGUGGCCGGGGCCGACGGAGGAACGCCCCGCUAGAGUUUUCAACAAACCUUCAGGGAAACGACUACGAGGCUCUGCUGGAGUUCGAGGAGCGUCAAGGAGCCGUCGUGUCCAAAAAGUUGAGCCGGAGGGAAAUCCAGAGGUUUCCCACCAAAACCUUCAAGUCUGCCAGCGGCGCCGGAAACACUCAGUGUCAGAUCUGUUUCUGUGACUACACUGACGGGGAGAAGCUGAGGAUGCUGCCCUGUUUCCAUGACUACCACGUCCAGUGUAUUGACAGAUGGUUAAAGGUAACACGCGUUACGUUCCCGCCACAAACACAGCCAGCAGUUUCUAGAGUUACGUGUUGUUACGAACACGUUAGGAAUGUUAAUAAUGUGAUAUUUCUUAAAGGGAGUUUGCGUGCAGGCGAGCUAUUUUAGUUGGAUUC